AUGGGCUUCUUCUGGAGCUUCCUUCUGUCCUACCCUGAGAUCUUCCUAGCCCUCAGCUGCUUCUUCUGCCUCUAUCUCUUCCGCCUUGUCCGGCAGUGCCAGAAGAGCGCCAUCCCGGUGAACUGGCCUGUUGUUGGCAUGCUUCCCUUCCUCGUGAGGAAUCUGUACCACAUUCAUGACAAGGUCACUGAUAUGCUCCGUGAGGCGGGGUGCACCUUCAGGAUCAUUGGCCCAUGGUUCCUCAACAUGAACUUCUUGGCAACCUGCGACCCAGCCACUGUCAACCACUGCUUCAACACCAACUUCCACAACUACCCGAAAGGCAGCGAGUUUGCCGAGAUGUUUGACAUCCUAGGUGAGGGGCUGCUUGUGGCAGACUCUGAAUCCUGGGAGUACCAACGCCGUGUGGCGAUGCAAAUCUUUGCUAGCCGCGCCUUUCGGUCCUUCUCCAUGUCCACCAUCACGAGGAAGGCCGGCACAGUCUUGUUACCCUACCUUGAUCACAUGGCUAAGCAUGGCUCGCAGGUUGAGCUGGAGGGUGUCUUCAUGAGGUUCUCGCUUGAUGUCUCAUACUCCACUGUGUUUGCAACUGACCUUGACUGCUUGUCUGUGUCUCGCCCGAUCCCUCUGUUUGGCCAAGCCACAAAGGAAGUGGAGGAGGGAAUGCUAUUCAGGCACGUCGUGCCACCGAGCUUGUGGAAGCUCUUGAGGACGCUCAAAGUUGGGAGCGAGAAGAAGAUGGCGAAUGCAAGGGUGGUGAUUGACCAAUUCAUCUAUGAGGAAAUCUCGAAGCGGAAGGCACAAGCAGAGAAGGAAAGCCAAGGAGAUGUGCUGUCCAUGUACAUGAAAUGGCCAAUGGAUCCCAGCAUGAGUGAGCAGCAGAAGACCCAGUUCCUGCGCGACACGGUGGUGGGGUUCAUCUUCGCUGGGAAGGACCUCGUUGCUGUCACACUCACGUGGUUCUUCUACAUGAUGUGCAAGCACCCACAUGUCGAGGCGAAGAUCCUCGAGGAGAUCAAGGCCCUGCGGAGCACCACAUGGCCAGGGAACCUCUCUGUCUUUGAGUGCGAGACGAUCCGUCCUGCUAUUUACCUGCAAGCCGCGCUCCUCGAGACACUCAGGCUCUUCCCGGCGACCCCAUUUGAGGAGAAGGAGGCCCUCAACGAUGAUGUCCUGCCAAACGGUACCAGGGUCAGCAAGGGCACAAGGAUCAUCUUCUCGCUCUAUGCCAUGGGGAGGAUCGAAGGGAUAUGGGGCAAGGACUGCGCAGAGUUCAGACCAGAGCGGUGGGUUUCGAAGAGCGGGCGCCUUCGCCACGAGCCGAGCUACAAGUUCCUGGCCUUCAAUUCCGGGCCCAGGAGCUGUCUGGGGAAGGACCUUGGCCUCAACAACAUGAAGAUCGCAGCUGCUUCCAUCAUAUACAACUUCAAGGUCGAGCUGGUGGAAGGCCAUGCUGUGAUGCCUGAAAGCUCUGUGAUAUUGCACACACGGAACGGGAUGAUGGUUAGGCUCAAGAGAAGGGAGGCAGCUGCUUGAUUUUUGCUGCCCUUUGUGCAUGAAACUAGGUGUG